CUCAAAAGAAGGCCUCCCUCCUCAACCCCCAACCAGUACCACACCAGUCCUUCCUUUCGUCUUUGGAAUCAGAAUAUUUCUCUUAUAUUCUUCUGGCAUCUCUUUCCCUCCACAACUCUCUCUCUCUCUCUCUCUCUCUUUUUAUUUUUUAUUUUUUUGGUGUUGUUUUUAUCUUCUAUAAAAGGAUUCUUUCUCUCUUUUCGGUUGGUGUUAGCUUAAACGAAAUCAAUUAGCACCAUGAGUUCUUCAGUCGUCGAGAUCAACGGUGAACUGAUAGUCAACGGUCUUCACGGGCUAUCCAUCCAAGACCAGGGUGACAUGCAAAGUAAAUCAGAGAUUGAGGAAAAGGGGUGUGGGAAUCAUGGUGGGAUCUGUGCAAUAUGCUUGGAUAAGAUAGCGCUUCUGGAGACUGCUCUUGUAAAAGGUUGCGAGCAUGCUUACUGCGUGACUUGCAUCCUUCGAUGGUCCACAUAUAAUCAGCAGCCAACCUGCCCUCAGUGUAAAAAUCCAUUUGAGUUCCUCAACGUCCAUCGUUCACUUGAUGGCAGCAUCAAUGAUUACAUGUUUGAGGAGAGUGUCUGCCUACUUCUUAGAGCCACUUGGUUUAAACCUUUGAUUGUGGAGGAUCGGGACGACGUGUAUGAUGAUUCUGAAGAUUAUUAUCCAUAUGAGGACGAGGAAGAUGAUUUAGAUGGAGAUUACUUCAGUAGCUCGUCGACUCUUCGAAUUGGUAAUCGAAGGUGGGGAGACAAUGGAUAUGUCAGGGCAGGACGCCAAGAAGCGAGGCCAGUUCAUCGAUCCAAUUUCCAGGACUCUGGUGCUGGUUCUUCCCGAGAACCCAAGAAGGAGGCUGUGAAAGCUACAACAGGACGGCGGGCAAAGAGGGCACUUAAACGUGAAGCAGCCGAUAAGGCGGCUGCAGCAAAGCACCAGGAGCGUCUAAUUAGGUUGGGCAGGACAUAGAGGCCUUCUCUGUAAUUACGUGGGCUGGAUGUCUCCUUGUACAGUGUUUCCUUGCUUUUAACUUCAUGAAAUAAUGUACAAUCACCUUGAAAAAAAAAAAAAAAAAAAAAAAAAGCUUUGUGAGAUAAUGACAUGGUAGUUUGGAAUUAUUGAUUGAUGUAGGCAUUCAUGAUUUAGAUUUUUAAUCCUAUAACGUCUUAACAGUGCAGUUGUGAUGAA